CCAGGAGGAUAAGUGUGCUGACGUUCUCGAAGCUAUGCGCCAAUGUUGUCUAAAGUGGCAUAAGGUAUCGCUUUGUUGCAGUGGAAUCGAUUUGGAGAAACCAUACUUAACAGAAGCAUCCAAAGGUGCCGGCAAGUCAGAAAAAUAAUGUCCAUACCGCAGUACAAGCCUCCAAAAGACAUUCAAGACUUGUUAGAUAAAAAGGAGGAGCAGCAGCCACAACAACAACCUAGUCAGCGCCGUCGUACAGCCGUGCUGCCCAAGCGCACUUGGAUACAGCGAAACCCGCGACUGUUUCAGAUCACUUUCCUGACGAGCUCGCUACUCAUAUUCUUCUCCAAGCCCAUUUACGACGCGUUCAUAGCAGAUCCCUUGCCUCCCAGUGAGAUCCGUGUGCCACCGCACAAACGUUAACGUUGAGGAAUGGAAUCGGUUCGCAAAG